CGCGCAACCUCUUUUCUUUUCAUUUCGCUCCAUCUGCCACUUGAUCUUUGCUUUCUUUUUUUUUUUUUACUGAUCCCAUAAAUUUGUUGUUGUUUUUAUUUUUCGUUUGAUAUUACUGUCUCUUCUUAUUUAUUCUCACCACUGAUUCUUUUGUUUCCUGUUAUCGUGUGUUACGACUGAUCAGUUUUCUAUUCGUUUACAUAUACCUUUGACAGAGCAAUGUUGGCAUCUUUCUAUGGUUUUACGGUGGCUCUGAUGGUGGCGCUGUGCUUUGUGUUCCUAGUGACAGCUGAAGAGAGAGAACGGGUGUACGAAUUGAAUAUUACCAAUCAUUUAAUUGAUCCCGAUUGUUCUGGGUUUACCACCCCCACGUUGCUGGUCAACCAGCAAUUGCCAGGCCCACCGUUGGUGGCGACAAGAGGCGAUCGAGUUCGGAUCGUGGUACGUAAUAUGUUGUUGGCUACGUCUACGGGUCAGGGCAAUAUGACGACGCACGGUGGCGAAACCAACGAAAUGGCCAUUCAUUACCAUGGUGUCCGUCAAUAUGGAUCAUCCAAUGCCGAUGGCGUCCCCUUUGUCACUCAAGCUCCUAUCCCGCCAGGGGGUGCGUUCGUGCACGAAUUCAACGUGGUGAAUCAAGCCGGUACCUAUUUCUAUCAUGCCCACGUCGGACUUCAGGAGAUGACCGUGUUUGGACCCUUUAUUAUCUACGAAGACGAGCGAGCCGACCCUGAACAGAGACACGACCGGUCCACCCUGUCAGUGGCAGGUUACGAAUACGAUGAUGAACGGACGAUCAGUAUCAGUGAAUGGUGGCACCGUGCACGAACUGAAUUUGAGGCGUAUUUCAUGGGACCGCAAUUCACCCUCAUUCCAGAGGCUGACAGUGUCCUGAUCAAUGGACGGACCGUGAACGACGCUACCAACGUCAAGACCAAUGGCACCUGUGGCGGUUAUUCGACCAUCGAUGUGGAGCCCGGCAAGACCUAUCGUUUACGUGUGAUCGGAUCCACGACUUUCCGUACGCUAGGCUUUGCCAUUGCUCAACAUUCGUUCACUAUUAUUGAAGUCGACGGCGAGAUUGUGAAACCGUAUGUGACGAAUACGUUGGAAGUCGCUCCAGGGCAACGAUUUUCGGUGCUGUUGCAUGCCGAUCAACCUGUGGGCGAUUACACCAUUGGGACUGUUCGACGUUGGGCCGAAAGCGUGAAUCCUUACAGCAAUGGUUUCGCGGUGUUGCGGUAUCGGGAUGCUCAACCUUCGUUCCGUGCACGGCGUCGCCGGGCUGUUAUUCCCGCGCAUGACACCAAUCACACCAUCAGUCAUACCGUCGCCAUCAAUCAGACCGCCGCUGUCAUGAGCCUGCCUACCAAUGCACCCGAAUUCAGUCCUCAGGUCCCUGGAUGGAUUUGGUCCGAAUUGGAGCCUUACUACGGCGUGGAUCCAGUCUCGCGCAAAUCGCCGUCCCGUACACUGAAACUGCGCGCUCACGAGAAGGUGAUGCCGGAUAACAGCACGCGGUGGUUCAUUAACAAUGUCGCUUACAUGGAUCCCAAAACCACCAUCUUGGCGGACAUUGUGAAUCGGCGCCGCAUGCCAAGACAAAAGCUGGAGUUACUGAGUCAAACCAACGGUUACGAUGCUCAACUGACGACGUAUCCCCUGGAAUAUUUCGAAAUUGUCGAUUUUGUCUUGCAGAACACGCACUUGCCUGGCAUGCCCUGUCGAAGCCAUCCCUGGCAUACGCACGGUCACUCGCAUUGGGAAAUCGCAACGGGUCCUGGUGAAUACAUUGAACAAAGGGAUGGUCAUAUCCGCAACUCGCAAAGCCCGAUUCACCGUGAUAUCACCUUGCAGUACCCUGCAGCCGAUGAGCCGAGCUCUAACGCCACGAUGGCGACAGACGGUGAGCAUGCCAUUGGUUGUGGAUGGACUAAAAUUCGUAUCAUUGCAGACAAUCCUGGUGUUUGGGCGAUGCAUUGUCACAACACCCCUCAUAUGUUGAUGGGAAUGAUGGUGGUAUUGGAAGAAGCCGCGCCCCUCAUUCCUACCAUGGGACUUUCUAGCUCUUACCGUCUUUAAGAAUAGUUUUUGAUCAUUUUACUCAUUAUUUCCUUUUUUCUUAAAAUCCACAUCCUCUCCUCCACCUGUCGACCUGUCGCCUGUGUACAUCUAUUAUUAUUUUUUCUUGUAUCAAUAUCAAAGAAAAAAAAAUCCAUUACUAUCCUCUUUAUCCAUUUUUCAUCUGACACCAAUUACCAUGAUAUUCAUCUUAACCGUCGCAUUGACCUUUUUUAUGCAUGGCUUGCCUACAUCUUGCACCAUGCGAUACCAUACGGUUUGAAUGUAAACUCAAUUUGAUUCAUUAAAGAUAAACACAUAAAAUAUGAUAUACAGCACUAUUAUUUGCAUGAUUAGCUCAUCUUGUAAAGAGAACAGAUGUAUUAAUAUGGUCGAUCUUGAAAAGGAAAUGUUAUUCUUGGGAUGGAAAAAAAAUCAGCCACAAUUUUCCCCCACAUCUUUUUUUUUGCUUGCUUUUUCUUUUUUCACCCUGCAUCAUGCAGUAUUGUUU